GAUGCUAAAUCAUUGUUAGUGUAAAUGACUUAUAAGCCACAGGUAUUUAAAUGCCUCCUUGUAGUUUUACUAGUGAUUACGAAGAUAUUCAGGUUACAGUUUCAUUAUAAACAGAUUUCAGGGUGCACUAAGGCUGCUAUUUUUGGCGUACUGUUUAGUACGCUAGUAUGCGGAUUGGGACGUAGCCGUGGUCGGAGGCACGUAGCGCUUUCAGUAGGCAGUGGUGAGGUUUCAGUGCUGCUCUAGUGUACCGUCAUGUUUAAACUACGAAAUGCGCUUCGAAGGGCCACUUCCCAGGUGGACAGCCUCAUCUUUUGCAAGACUGGACGCGAGUACUCUAGAGCCUCCAUCUCAAAAGGACCGCAGCAACAAGAUGGAACUUUCUACGAAUUUCGCACCUAUUUCAUCCAACCACACCUGAACGCAGCCUUUCACAAGCUGACCAGCGAGAAGAUCCAUUUGCGCACUGCACAUUCUGAGCUUGUGGGCUAUUGGAGCGUGGAGUAUGGAGGCCUCAAUCAGGUCUUCCACAUCUGGAAGUAUGACAGCUUCGCUCAGCGGGCAGCGGUGCGGGCAGCGCUGGCACAGGAUCCCAACUGGAUGGAGCAGUACAUCUCUAAAGCCAUGCCCAUGCUGAGCUCCCAGGAUAAUGAAGUCACAUAUUUGGUGCCUUGGAGCAACAUCCAGAAGCCACCUAAAGAAGGAGGUGUGUAUGAGCUGGUGUCGUUCCAGAUGAAACCAGGAGGUCCAGCUGUGUGGGGUGAGAGCUUUCAGGGGGCAGUGUGCACCCAUGCAGCGCCAGGUUAUGCUCACCCCGUGGGGGUUUUCCACUCCGAGUUCGGACUGCUCAAUAGAUUGCAUGUACUCUGGUGGCACGAGAGCGCAGAUCAUCGGGCGGCAGUAAGACACAAAGCCCACAGUGACGCUAGGGUUGUGUCCGCAGUGCGGCAGAGUGUAUCCUACUUGGAGUCCCAAAGAAACAAGCUGUUGUUUCCCUGUUCCUAUUCACCUCUUAAAUGAAAACUUAAAACUUACCUAAUACUGCUAGUGAUCAACCUUUGCCAUCCAUUGAUUGAAUGAGUGCUGAGUAUAGAGCUGCACAGCUCUUUGCUUAUUUGGCAGGCAUGUGCUGGAGUUCUACAGUUAAGUUUCUGUCUUAUUAGUAUGUGCAUGAGAUUGCACAUUGGUUUCUGAGUCUCUUACUUUUUUCUUGAUCCAUUGCAUUCAGCAUUUUAUUCAACACUUCUCAUUUUCAGCAGUAGUCUUGGUCUAUGUGUCCUGUGAAAAACCUUUACCUGAUGACAUUUAACAUUUCUGUUGCAUAGUUCUGAAAACCAUAUAUAUUUCUGAACUGAAAUAUGUUUUUAGUUACAUUUAUCUCAAGCAGGAUUUGGGUUCACUUCAAAAAUGCAUAUGAAGAACUUUGCAUUUACAGCUGGUAACAAAUUGACAAGGCACUAAACUAGCCUUAAAAUGAUGUCACUCGUGAUCGUCACUGACGAAAAUCGAGGUUUGUAGACAUUUUAGGCAGACUAUUACCGCUGAUUCAUAGACCUGCUUCUUACACAUGAUCUUUGCCUAGGCAAGAUUAAAAAGUAAACAUUUCCAAGUCAUUUUUGUGUAAUAUAUUUAUGACUUCUUUAAGCUGAGAUCUUCAAGGCGGAAAACCGCCAUUCUGUCCAAAACAUGAUCUUUUGUUUUCCAGAUUUUUCAGCCAUAGUAACAUCUGAUGACAUCUGUUUUUCUCAGACAACCGCAUAUACUGGUAGAAUGUUACUUAAAAAAACAUUAAUCUUUCAGCUUAAGUAGUUACAUGGUAGUCUUGUCACAUUGAGCAACACCAGACAUGACCAUAAUGUUCCUAGUCAUUUCUUACAUGUAGCAAUGGUCUAAUGCACUUAAUUAAAUCAAUGUGUGUGUGUAUAAUGCUCAAAAUAAAAAUCUAAUUCUUGCAGCAUAAAAUAUACUGGC